CAAUGCAAUGUAAUUUUCACCUCAGCCAAACAUUAACCUACGUUACAGCUGAGAGUGAAUAACUUUAAACAUAUCGCUUAUUUUCAUGUGAUAUCUCCGUGAAUUGUUGUUCUUGUUUGGCCUUUGUGCGGUGGUGUUCAGGAACUGGCUCGCUGUUGUCUCCAACCUCCCAGCCUGUGGCUUUGAGAUCAGGAUUUCGGUUUAGGAUGGAUCCAGAAUAUGAACAUCGCCUCCUCCGACAAAUCAACAUUCAGAAUGACAAUUUAAGCCCUGUUAAACUACCACAGAGUCUGCACAGUCGGACACCCACCGGCUCCCCGUUAUCCUCACCCAGUAAACUUGGAGACAGAUUCAUUCCAACCAGAGCAGGGGCAAACUGGAAUAUCAACUUCCACAGGAUCAAUGAAAAUGAGAAGUCACCAAGUCAGAACAGAAAAACAAAAGACGCCUCUUCUGAUAAUAUCAAAGCAGAUGGGCUGGCCUACUCUGCUUUGCUGAAGAAUGAGCUGCUGGGAGCAGGAAUAGAAAAGAUCCUGGACCCCCAGACAGAGGACAGGCGUCUACAGCCAUCAACCCCAGAGAAGAGAAGUCUCUUCACUUACUCACUCAAUACCGAGAGGUCUUCACCCGAAGAUGGCACCAACAUCUCCCCCUACUCUCUAUCACCUGUCAGCAACAAAAGCCAGAAAUUGCUGCGUUCACCAAGAAAGCCAACUCGUAAGAUCUCAAAGAUCCCUUUUAAAGUCCUGGAUGCUCCGGAGCUGCAGGAUGACUUUUACCUCAACUUGGUGGACUGGUCGUCCCUCAACGUGCUCAGUGUCGGGCUGGGUACAUGCGUUUACCUGUGGAGUGCCUGUACCAGCCAGGUGGUAACAAGGUUGUGUGAUUUAUCAGUGGAGGGAGACUCUGUCACGUCAGUUGGGUGGUCCGAAAGGGGUAACCUGGUGGCAGUGGGGACUCACAAAGGUUAUGUACAGAUCUGGGAUGCUGGUGCUGGGAAGAAACUGUUUGCUCUGGAAGGACACACAGCUAGAGUUGGAGCGUUAGCAUGGAACGCAGACCAGUUGUCUUCAGGAAGCCGCGAUCGUAUGAUUCUUCAAAGAGAUGUGCGGACCCCUCCACUCCAGUCAGAGCGACGGCUGCAGGGACACAGACAGGAAGUGUGUGGCUUAAAGUGGAGCACUGACCAUCAGCUGCUUGCUUCUGGUGGCAAUGACAACAAGCUGCUGGUUUGGAACCACUCCUCGCUGAGUCCAGUGCAAACAUACAUGGAUCACCUGGCUGCAGUGAAAGCCAUUGCCUGGUCACCCCACCAGCACGGCCUACUGGCCUCUGGGGGCGGCACUGCUGACCGCUGUAUCCGAUUUUGGAACACCCUGACCUCACAGCCGCUGCAAUGUAUGGACACCGGCUCUCAGGUCUGCAACCUGGCCUGGUCCAAACAUGCUAACGAGCUGGUGAGCACUCAUGGCUACUCUCAGAACCAGAUCUUGGUGUGGAAAUAUCCAGCUCUCACUCAGGUUGCCAAACUCACAGGACACUCAUACAGAGUGCUCUACCUGGCCAUGUCCCCUGAUGGUGAGGCAAUAGUGACAGGAGCUGGAGAUGAGACACUACGCUUCUGGAAUGUAUUCAGUAAAACAAGGUCAACAAAGGAAUCUGUAUCAGUUUUAAAUCUAUUCACCAGGAUACGGUAACUUUAAGCAAAUAUUAAAACUUUAAAACUCUAAUUUGAGUGGAUUCUGGCGUCAACACUGGACAGCUCAUCAACAUGAUGCUAAGGACAUACAGUACAAUUAAGGCAUCUUGUGACAUUUUUUACAGAGGAAAUGGCAGCGAGAAAACUGAAGUUUUUUUGAUUCAGACAAUUGUUUGGGAAAUUCUUCAUGACUUUUGUGGUCUCAUUAUGAAUGUACCUUUUUUUUACUAAAUAAGUGUUUAAGUAGAUUGAAGAAAUCAUCAAUCAAGGCCUUACUUAAAAAUAUUGUGAUACCAUUUUUGUUGUUGUGGAAUCUGAAAUGUGGAGAGAGCAUUUUUAGUUUUUGUUUAACUCAGGUCGUAUUUAUUUAACGCCGCAGUGAAAGCCGUUGCAACUUUCAUUACAAUGGCUUCUAUGGAGAGAAAUGCCAUUACAUAUCAUGGCUAAAACAACUAAACAUAAUCACCUACUAAGGCCUUUACAGUAUGUGCACCUUAUUUACUGUGAUCCUUAGAGUACUAAGGUUGUAAGUGUUUGGCUGAAAUAAUGCAGUUUUGCUCCUGUGGACAGAAAGUCUAAUGCUGUGCAUCUAGACUAUGAUCUAGACAUAUACUACAUGGUUGAUUCUUUGUAGUAAAGGAAGAAAUAAAAGAUGGAACUGAA